AAUACGUCGUCACUCAACUUGGAGAGACGAGAAGAGGAGAGGAGGAAGAAGUCGACUCGGAGUUUUGGACCUUGCCGUCGCCAUUUUGGUAUAUUCCUUCUUCCCCGCUAGCUGGACGCCGCCUUUGUUAAACUAACCGUGGGGGGCGCUUGCUUCGGUCCAAGGGUUUGGCACCUGCUCCUUCCCCUCCAGCCCGAUCUUGCCGUCCGAGCUCGGCCAGUGAUCUUGCUUCUUUCGAUUUCUUUGCCGGAAACCUCGGCGGGAGGACGCUUGCUUGCGGGCCAGGCAUUGAUUUGGUCUUAAGUGGUCCAGUUUCAGGCGAUUGGAGGAGCUGCUGCUGCUGCUGCUAGCCGUCGUGGUUCUGGGGCGUGGAAUUCCUUGAGUUGCAGUGAAGGUGACCUGCUGUUUGUGGGAAAAACAUAAAUCAAAGGGCAUUUCCUUGGAUUAAGCACCUGAAUUUCUGAGAAGCACAACCAGCUAGUUUCCUAUGCAACCUUCUGUUGAUGGCUGCUCAUCCCGCUGAAUCAGAAGCAGGCAGUGAAACAGACAAUCACCCUUUACUGAUAGACCAAAUGGAAAGCGCUCAUCGCGAGAUUGCAAUUGACAGCCCAAGGGAUGACGCUGCUUCUCCGUCAACAUCUCGUCGGGAUAAUAGUGAUAGCUCGGAUCGGUUGCCUCGUAUCCCAGAAAGUUCUUCGGAGACAACUACGGCAUCUAACUCCCAGAAUGCUCCUGGAGAAAGAAGAGAUGAUAGCCGUGCCCGUCGUCAGCAAAGUCCUUUGAAUUCUAUUUGCUGGAUCUCAGUUGAGCUUGUUGUAACAGUUAGCCAGAUUAUAGCUGCUAUUUGCGUUCUGGCGUUAUCAAGGAAUGAACAUCCACAUGCUCCGUUAUUUGAGUGGGUAAUUGGUUAUACAGUAGGUUGUAUUGCUACUCUUCCUCUUCUUUAUUGGCGAUAUCUCCAUCGCAACCGCCCAACAACUGGGCAAGAACCAGCAAGUCAGAACUUCCCCCCAAACAGCAUUCCUGACUCCAAUUCUCACACAGCAACUUCAGCUCCUCAUGUGUCUGAAGCUGGUUUUGUAACUGACACAAAUGGAGUCUCGCAAAACAAUGCGCUCACCAGAAAUCCAAGGGCCCAAGCUUAUGCUGAUCACUUCAGGAUGGCCCUUGACUGUUUCUUUGCUGUGUGGUUUGUUGUGGGGAAUGUGUGGGUAUUUGGUGGACAUUCUUCUGCCCAUGAUGCACCCAACUUGUACAGGUUGUGUAUAGCCUUCCUCACAUUUAGCUGCAUCGGCUAUGCUAUGCCUUUCAUUCUCUGCGCAUUGAUAUGUUGCUGCCUACCCUGCAUAAUCUCCGUAAUGAGCUUCCGUGAAGAUCUAAAUCAAAACAAAGGUGCUACUGCUGAAGCAAUCAAUGCCUUGAGAACAUACAAGUUCAAAACGAAGAAGGCUCGUAAUGGUGAAGGAAAUGAAGUUGGUGGUGGAGUUGUGGCUGCUGGAACAGACAAGGAGCGGCUUGUAUCUGCUGAAGAUGCUAUUUGCUGUAUCUGCUUAGCAAGAUACUUGAAUAAUGACGAGCUCCGAGAGCUUCCUUGCACCCACUUCUUUCACAAAGAUUGUGUUGAUAAAUGGCUCAAGAUAAAUGCGCUAUGCCCCCUCUGCAAAGCUGAGAUAGACAGUGGUCCAACAACUGCUCCUUCUAUUGGCUUUGGGCGUCGCCAUAGUGACAACAGGGUAGGAAAUGACAUCGAAUCACAACUGUAACUCCGCCUUCUCCAAUGACAGCACAACACAUGCUCGUUGUGGCUUCAACCGAACAAUAUGUAAAUUAUGAUGUGGAAUAGUUGAAAAAAUGUACGGGUACU